AGCAGAUGCGCCAAGGGAGUGUGUGCGGACUAUGGACCAUCCCCCCAUCACCACCCAACGGGGGCCACAAGUGCCCCUACUGCGGCAGAUCCUCAACGGCGUGGGCUGUCUGCUGAUCCUGCCAUUGUACUACUAUCUCACCGCCGCCACACGCCAUCCGCUGACGCUGGACUUGCUACUCACCAUUCUGGCCGCCGAAUACAACCGCUUCACCAACGAGCGGCGACGGCGCCGCCUGUACUGCGCAGACCAAUAUGCAGCCGACCCGGAGAAGCCCCGCGUGGACGCGCACACGGGGCCGGACUGUAUGGCCGCGGUGGUGGGCUACCGCGAGGACCCGGGCCUGUUUGCGCGCGCGCUGAACAGCUACCGGGCGGCAGAGGGCUGUCGCUUCAUGCUCGUGGGCAUUGACGGGGACGAGCCGGCCGAUAUGGAGAUGGUGCGCGUGUUCCAGAGUAUCCAUCCCACCGCUCCGACCAUCCACCUUGACGAACCCUUCGGCGACCUCGCGAUGCGCACCUAUGACAAGCUCGCGACCGCCGACCUCCACUCCUCCAGCGCCGAAACCUACCAGCUGGCCGCCAUUGCGCACUGCUGCGAGCUGGCGCGCGAGAUUCUAGCAAGCCACGAGCUGCAGCACGCACAGGCGCUGUGCAUCUACCAGCCGCACCACAGCAAGAAAGCAAUCAUGUUCACUGGUUUCAUUUUCAGUCUGGUGAUCGCCGACACCCGGGGCAUCGAGUACCUGUGGUCGUCGGACUCGGACACGCUGGUGUACGCGGACUCGCUGCGGCGGACAGUGGAGACGAUCGCGGGCGACUCCGCGGUGGGCGGGGCCAGUUCGGGCCUGCUGGUGCACAAUGCGGCGGACUCGGCGGUUGCCCAGCUGGGGCGGAUCGUGUACUGGUGCGAGUUGUAUCUGACGCGCUCGGUGGCCACCGCGGCCGGCACGAGUGAUUGUCAGAGCGGGCCCAGCUCGGCGUUUCGUGUGGCGGCGCUGCCGGGGAUUUUGUAUCCCUGGUACACGCAGAUGGUGAUGGGACAUCGCAUGAUCGUCAACGAAGACCGCCAUCUAACAACCAACCUGCUCCUGCGCGGCUGGACAGUGACCUAUGUCUCGGACACAGUAACAGCAACCGAUACCCCGACCACCCUCCGCAAAUGGAUUCUUCAACAGGUCCGCUGGUCCCGCUCCGGCCACAUCGAAUCCCUCCAAUCACCCUCCCUCUACCUCCUCACCUCCCCCCUGUUCUUCUGGGCUGCCAUAAAACGUGAAGCCGGACCCCUGCUCGGCCUCGGCUACAUCCUCUACUACCUCUGCACGGGCGCCAGCCUCGCCUACUUCUCCUGGACGGAUCUCUUCGUGCGCCUCCUCUACACCAUCCUCUACAACCUGCUCCGCAAUCCGGACCGCUGGGCCCGCACCCAACGGCCCGUGCUCUGGGGCGGGCUGGUGCCGGCGCUGCUAUUCUAUAACGUGCCGCUGCCGAUGGUGCAUUUCUGGUCGGCCGUGACGGUGAUGGAAGAUGGGUGGGGCACGAGUAUGCGAAGCAAGGAAGCCGGUGUGGUUCCGGAUGUGAAUGAGCUGGGGGUUGCGGGGCAGGGGAAGAAGGAGGGAGAAAGGGUGGUUGUUGAACCUAGCUUGACCGCGGAGAUGUGGAAGCGGUGGAAGCAGUUGGGGUUCUUCGUGGUGUGGAUGGGGGUCGUGGCGGGUGUUGCGGCGCGCAUUCUGGCGGGGCAUUUGGGAUAUGAAGUUUGGCAGACGGAGAGGGCGGUUUGGGGGGCGGUGGUGGUGGGGUUCGCAGGGACGUUUUAUGGGUUGGUGGUGAGGGAGUGAUGAACUCCUGCUUCACUGUUCCGUACUAUUUCAACUACAGUACGGCGCGGUCAAGUGUGGUUAUCUUGGAUUUAAAUGAUAAUUGC